GCAAUUGUUUGGACAUGAUGAUUGCUGUGGCAACUCUGUCGUCUGCUCCCCCCAAUCGAUCAUCUGAUAGCACACCACCCAAUGCGUCCUGCACCAUGUCACAGCAUCAAGGAGGGAGCUGCGAAUUCUUGCCACGCCGUAUAAUUCUACUGCCUAACUCUAUAUAGCGAGCAAUUUCCUCGAACCUUAAUUUGUUUCUUCUCCUUUUCUUCCUCGUGAUCUUCCACAAGGAAAGAGCCCUUUUUGUUCAGAGAACUGGAAUAUAAAUCAACAGGGGAGAUGUACGCUGAGGCGGGUCUUCAGUUUCCAGCAUUCUCGCAGUGCUUCUUCCUUCAAGAAGUAGCGGGCGGCGGCUUCCUAAAUUUUCAUGGGAUUAUGGCACAGACUCCUAUAGUAGCAGAGUAUGAUAUGGGAGGAGCAGGUGACCUUUUCAAAGCUCCAGAGGCCAUCCUAGAAGAUCCAGCACUUGAGCUUCAUAUAGCAGUUGCCAUGUCCAUCAUAUCCACCGAAGGCGAUGCCAUCACAGAACCUAUAAAGGUUGUCGAUAUCGAAUCAAUCCACAAUGAUCCCCUCAAUAGUGUCAUCUACGAGUGCGAGAAGGAUCUGCUGGAGGAAUCAGAGAUAGAGGAUUCAAUCACAGAACUCUUAGGGGCAAAGAUUCCUGCACUACAAAUUGAUGAAGUUCCACCUUUCGAAAGACUUAGCUCCGCAGAAGGAUCGAUGCAGAAAAGUAUCAGUUCAGCGUCUCUGAAUUCAGUGGAGUUAUUUCCCGGCAGUACCAUGAGAACUGACCAAGUCCUUGAUCUUCAAGGGUUGAAUCUUGCAGCUGCAUAUAGCUUGAGGCGAGCAUUCAGUGAGGGAGACAUUCAGCGUCUUGGUGGCAAAAGCACAAGCACCGGAAAUACAGUCGCAGUGUGUUCUUCCUUUGAGCGGCUCCUAACCAUUAGAGAUCUUAAGACCGAGCAACGACAGCAAAAACUUUCCAGGUAUCGGGAGAAGAAGUGUAAGAGAAACUUCGGCAGGAAAAUCAAGCAAGCGACCAGAAGUUGAAGGAACUGAUAAUAGAAGGUUGGAUGUCGUGCAGUAUGUUUGCAGGAAGGCUCUCGCAGACAGUCAGCCAAGAGUUCGAGGAAGGUUCGCAAAAACUGAAGAGACUGAAACCAACUAGUGUGGAUAUCACUGCUUUAACUAGGAAGUUAAUGAAUUUGUAGAUGAUCAGUUAAUGUAAAGUGGUUUGAAUAAAGAGGGAAUAUAAAUAAUAUUUUCCAAGGGCUUGAUGAGUUAAUCAUUAGUACAGCCCUUGAAAGUUUUUGUAUUUCAAUUCAGUUUCAACGAAAUUGAUAGGCCGUCCCAUUUCCGUGCUCGA